ACGUGUCAGUUUGUUUACAGCGGUUUGUGUCGAGCUGCAGCUGCACAGACAUGGCUGUGGAUAUAACUCUACUUUUCAAAGCCAGUGUGAAGACGGUAAAGACCCGGAAUAAAGCCAUAGGAAUAGGAUUUGAUUCCACCAAAGAUGAGAUUUUCAAGAGAAGCAGACCAAAGAGCGGCUUCUCACCGCGUGCGAAAGAAGUGAUCACAAACAUCACCAAGCUCAAAGACUUUCUGCUCCAACACCGAAAAGAUUACGUGAGCGUUGGAAGUCUCAUUUCAUCAGAUCUUACCCGCAUGACGGACAGUGAACGAGACCAGAUUGACCAGGAUGCUCAGAUCUUCAUGCGAACCUGUUCUGAAGCCAUCAAGCAGCUACGUAAUGAAGUGGAGAAGCAGGUGGCAUCAGCUCAGAUUAAGGAGCACAGGGGGGCAGUGCUGGACCUCAUAGAGAUGUAUCUGAAAGGAGUGUGUAAGCUGUACUCUGAGCAGAGAGCAAUAAGAGUUAAGAGAAUGGUGGACAAGAAGAGACUAUCGAGACUGGUACCAGAGCACCCUAGCCGGGUGGAGAAAACAGUGGAAGUGGAGCCCACAGAGGAGAAAAUUAUUAAGGAGGAAAGUUCUGAGAAGAGUGUGUCAGAAGUCCAGGACAACUCCGUUAACCUGUGGGAAGAGAGCCGAGUGGAGGAUGAACUUUCUCCUGAAGAAAUCCAGAUGUUUGAGCAGGAAAACCAGAGACUGGUCAGUGAGAUGAACAGCCUGGUGGAUGAAGUAAGGCAAAUCGAGGGGAGGGUCGUGGAGAUUUCUCGACUUCAGGAGAUCUUUGCUGAAAAAGUCCUGCAACAAGAAACCGAGAUAGAUAACAUUCACCAACAGGUCGUGGGUGCAACAGAGAACGUCAAAGAAGGCAAUGAGGACAUACGAGAGGCAAUCAAAAACAAUGCUGGCUUCAGAGUUUGGAUCCUCUUCUUCCUCGUUAUGUGUUCAUUCUCCCUCCUCUUCCUGGACUGGUAUGACAGUUAACACAGCUGCUACGAUGGACAUGAGGAAACCAUCAUAUUUGAAACUGGUCCUGGUUAUCUCCUGAAGUCAACACUGAGACUGAAAAUACACUGUGACAGUUCUGAUGAAGGCGUUGGACAACUUGUUCUCAUGUGUCUUCAAGUGGAAAUGGAAGUUUGUUCGUCCCUGAAGCUGACCUUUUAAUCUUUCAGUGUAGAUUUCAAUGUAGAUUUGAUGUUUGAGCGCACAUCUGUGAAGCCAGGCUUCUGUAAGUUUAACAGUUUGACCAGUGGAUGACCAGUCAGUGCUUCUCUAGGGUGAUAACGAUUAACCAGUAGCAGAAGAUGAAACAGAUUCUGGUUUUUCUGAUCCUUUGUGAAACCCGUUUUAUUGCACUACUAGAUUCCUGCAUCCUAUCAUCCUAUAAAACUUUUACAUUUAAAAAAAUUAAAUAUAUUUGACAUUUCUUUUGAGUAAAAUUAAUAUUCUAAACUGUAUUUUGUAUUUCCUUUCCUCUCUUUCCGUGGUUCAUGAAUUUAAUAUUUAUGUCAAGCUUUCAGAGUUAGUGGAGAGGCAAAAAGCCACAGCGUAUCAGUUUUGUUCAGAUAAGGACAAAGAGAUGUUGACAGUUUCUUCUUUUGAUCUGUUAAUCAGGGUUAACCUAGAUUCUUGUGAAGCAUUAAAAUGCUGUUUUCUUCUUUCCAUUUGAUCUGAACUCUAGGAAACCAUUAACUGUAUUUAUUUCACCAUCACUGAAAAGACAUCCUUUGAAUAAUGAAUGAAACUGUUAAAACAUUCAGACAAGUUUGAAAUGUGGGCACUUUAUUUGAGUCCUUUCACUUAACAUUUUUUUAUGUAGCAAAUGCACUUAAAUGGUAAUCAUUACAUGGUUUGAAAAAAGUACAGAAUAAAUGACAAAUACAGGAAAAAGCAACAGUACAAGCAACUACUUUCAGAAUGUUUCACUACAUCAGCCUAACUAAGGUCUGUGGUGAGGGUAAUCAGUGCGAAGCGUUGCGCAAUACAGUGUUUUUCACUAGCAAAAACAUUCAAUACAGUAGCAUAAAAGUUAUGCUGUGGAAAGUAAGUCUUGUGUAGCCAGCAAAGAAAAGCAUAUGGUGUUCACAAAUGGCUCAAAUGAUGAAAACAAUCAUUAAAAACAACACUGUUCAA